AUGGCAGCACGGGCAGUACCAAUGCAGACGCAUCCCCGUUAUACCAGCGCCGCGAGGGAUUUUGACGAUGGGCCCCUUCCCUCUAUAUCAAGCCGCGAUGGUGGCUUUCGGGAGCACUUUGCGAGUCGUCCCUUUGGCAUCCCACUAAACGAUAAUCUCUCACCUUCGACCGCUUCGACCCCUAUGGCGAUUCACGGCUCAGAAGGGAACGGGAUCAAUGCGCCUCCUCCGCUACCUCCUCCACGACUUGCCCCUGUCGAUGGCCCCGUCGAUCCGAAUGUACAACACUACAGAGACUCCGAAUUCAUGCGCAAUGACGGUCCCAACAGCCUUGAGAGCGAAUCAUUCAAAUUUGAACGGCGAGCGCUUCCGAACAAACACGAAAACCCCCAUGACGAGGGCUAUCAGAGUUUUGAUAGUGUCAGAUCAUCGCAGUUAUCGUCGCCCUUCGGCCUCCACGCCAUGAAAGGGUUUCGUCCCAGUACCGCAGCGAUCGACCAGACAAUGUUGAACAGCGGUUUCAACCGUGCUCCGCCACUGAGAGCGCGCAGGACAAAGAGCUCGUUGAUGCUGGAUGACGGCUUUCUGAAUGCCGAAGACGACGAGGACAAUGACUUUCCAAUGGAGGAGACAACACGCAUGCGGACUCUGAAGAUCGAAGAUUCGUGGAGGGAAAGGCACCGGGAAAACGAAAGAGAAACGGAGAGCGGGUCUUGGCAGCGAGGACACAAGACUGGGUCAUCACACUAUUCGCCAUCGCAGCUGUACCAUGCGGGGAGAGACAUGGGCGGAGAAAGAAGCUACUAUCAAUCCGGUCAAAAGCGGCCGGCCUCGCCCACGCCGAUUGAUAGAUGUAGUGAUACGUCAGGCCUGAACAGGGGAUCGCCUACCCCGAGGCUGACUGUCGUUUCACAAGGGUCUGUCUCUAGCUUGUCGGCUGCUAGUCGCAGCGGAAGUUAUAUUGGCAAUCUGACUGCUAGCAGCAUAGCAAGUAACAGUUCGCUUGGCCGUUUGUCUCCCAACGGUGUAUCUCCUGGCGGGGUGUCGCCGACAGACGUGAUGGGUAAUGGGAGCCCGUAUGCCACACCCAUCAGCCUCACCGCUUCACCAAGAUCGUCGAUCAGCCGGACAGGUGCGGCACAGUCGCCGCAUCCUAGGAUUUCGGGUGACUAUACGCAAAGAUCGGUUGAGCAGUCCAAUAGGACGCUGGGGAUUUCCAGGAAACUUGCCGAGAUUCCGAAAAAUGCUAGCAAUAUCGUAGCGGCUAAGCUCAAGGGCCCAUACAUGUGCGAAUGCUGCCCGAAAAAGCCCAAGAAGUUCGACACGGAAGAGGACUUGAAGCUACACGAAGCAGAGAAACAGUACGGAUGCUCGUUUUGCGGGAACCGGUUCAAAAACAAGAACGAGGCGGAACGCCAUCAGAAUUCCCUGCACGUCCGUCGUCAUAGCUGGUCAUGCUCAGCGCUUCAGACAUACGAUCGUGCCUUCCACGACAGUAGCACGAGGCCAGGCGAGGCUGAUACGUGUGGUUAUUGUGGUGAGGAAUUUGCCCGUACUGGACGCAAUGCUGCAGGCAUCUUUGCUAGUGAGCAAGAUUGGGAGGACCGUAUCCGGCAUCUACAGGACGUGCACAAGUUCCGCGAGUGCAAUGCCAGCAAGAAGUUCUUCCGAGCAGACCACUUCCGGCAACACCUCAAACACAGUCAUGCCGGUACGAGUGGGAAAUGGACCAAUAUGCUUGAAAACGCUUGCAUGAUGGACGAAGGACCAGCAGCCCCUCGUUGAAGCGGGAAAGCAACAUGUUGUGAUUUUGGAUACAAGCAACUGGGCCUUGCUAUUUGGAGG